AUGAACCAACCGAACAUACCUUUAUAUCCCAAUGGCACACUUUUGACAGUAGGAACGCAUAGAGCCUUAAUCAAGAAGUAUUUGACUAGUGGUGGCUUUGCUCAAAUAUAUGCAGUUGAGAUAACACCUGUUGAUACUUAUAGUAAAUCCAACGUGGCUUGUUUGAAAAGAGUUAUUGUUCCAACUAAAUCAGGUUUAAAUACAUUAAGGGCAGAAGUGGAUGCUAUGAAACUUUUGAAAAAUAAUAGACAUGUCGUUUCUUAUAUUGACUCUAAUGCAGUUAAAUCGGCGUUUAACAAUGGUUCUUACGAAGUACUUCUAUUGAUGGAAUAUUGCGAAGGCGGUGGAUUAAUCGAUUUUAUGAACUCGAGGCUACAAAAUAGACUGAGUGAAGCUGAGAUACUAAACAUUCUUUCUCAAACAGCUCAAGGGGUAGCUAAUAUGCAUGCCUUACAACCGGUUCUUCUUCAUCGAGAUAUAAAAAUUGAGAAUGUGUUGAGAUCUGGGAAUGGCGAAUUCAAAUUAUGCGAUUUCGGUUCUGUCUGUGGAUAUAUUAGACCACCAAGAAACCAACAAGAGUUGUCAUAUGUCCAACAUGAUAUCUUGAAGAACACCACUGCACAAUAUAGGUGUCCAGAAAUGCUAGAUUUAUAUAGAGGUUUACCUAUUGAUGAAAAAUCCGAUAUCUGGGCACUUGGUGUAUUUCUUUACAAAUUAUGUUAUUAUACAACACCAUUUGAGAAAACUGGAGAAAAUGCUAUCCUACAUUCAAAAUUCCAAUAUCCUGCUUUUCCAAUAUAUAGCGAUAGGUUGAAGAAUUUGAUCCGAGUUAUGCUUUCAGAGAACCCAACCAAAAGACCGAAUAUAUGUGAAUUAUUGGAAGAGAUAUCGAGCAUUCAAGGUGUUCCUUGUCCAAUCCAAAAUUUCUAUUUAAUAAGAGCACAGCAAUUAGCUAACCAAAUUCAAUUACAAAGACAAACUACAGUGCCAAAGAUCGCAACAGCACAACCAAUACAACAACUGAACGCUCGAACUCAAACAAUGCCAAUAAUAAAUACCAAGGCGAAUACAUCACUUGUGACGCCCAUAACAGUUCCUGUUUUAAGUGAGAAUACAAGACUUCCCGCUUUAGAGUUAGAUAUAAAAGUUCCUCAAUUCUCACCUUCAUUAGAUAAGGAUAUGUAUAUGAAAUUGCAUCCCUUCCAAAAAUCUGGAACUUUAUUAACCCCAUCGAAAACAGCAUCCGUUAGCCCGAUCCGACGUUAUAUAUCUAGAUCCCCAUCAAGAGACAAUACCAAUUACGAUAUUCAAAGAAGACGUACUAGCCAAUAUGAUCAUGAUCAAAACCAAUCGAACUAUAUGGGAAGGAGUUUAUCAAGAACAUCAUCUAUAAAAUCCACUUCUGCACUUUCAUUUGAAGGAAAUCUUCAAGGGAAUAAUACAGGUGAUAGUUUUGCUCAGAAAUUUACCAAUAAGAUCAAAAGGGUUGUUACAGGAGAAUCACGGAAUGCAUCUCCAAUCAGAUCACGGCAAGAUACAGGUGGUAGUGUCAGGUCUGCUUUUGGUGCUAUCAGGGGUGCAUUUACUGGCAGCAUGAGAGCUCCUUCCCUAGAUAAUAACACCAACAAUAGUAUGCAUAAUAAUAGUAAUAACAAUACUUCAAGAAAUUCUAGUUAUGGUAGACAUAACAUAAUCACAAAUCCAAUUAAAGAAGAAGACUCGAGAAAUAUGACGAAGGCGAAGCUUGCGAAAAGACAUACUAUGCCUCCUGGAAUGUUGUAUGAUUUGGAAAACUUAGAGAUAGAAAAUGAAGGCUACCACGCAAGUGAAUAUUACAGAUCUCAUUCACCUACUAAGCCAUUUGUAACUAAAACUACUCGAGAUAACAUUCAACAGAGGGUUCAAAAUCUACUUAGCGAAUCCGAACAGCCAAUGGAAAGGAAUAAUAUAGACACGCAUCAUACUAAUGCAGUAAGUCACUCCAUGAUACCGAGAAAUUUAAAUAGUAGAGAAAAAGAUAGUCUGAGAUAUUCUAGUGUUGUUAUCAAUCCGUUAGAGGAUAUCGGUUCUUCACCAAAGAAAGCUCCACCAUUACCUUUCAAACCACAUCAUUUGAGGCCUAAACCACCUCCAAAACCAACAUAUCUUUCUAAAAUGUUUUCGAAAGAAAGGAUUAGUAGUACUGCUACUGAACAACUAGUUACCUUGGAUGUCGAUACUUUAGAGAGAGAUUUUAGGAAACGAUUCCCUAGCACAUUAGAAAAUAGAUAG